AUGCCGUACACAAACCUGGGCCAGCUGCAUGCGCAUGAGCAAAGCUCCUCUGACUUGAUCUCAAGAGUAACAGCUGCCGCUACUUUUUCUAAUGGCAUCACAUCGGUUCAGAUGAGCGGUAUCGAGCGAUUCGGCAAGGUCAUCAACGAGGUUUCGGGGAAGGUAGCUUCAGAACAACUUGUGGAGAAAUUCUUUCACCUAUUUGAUGAUAUUUUCUUCAAUCGAAGUCUUAGAUACGGAGUCACACCCAAACUCGAACGCAAAUCGCUACCAAUCAAUACAUGCUGCAGAGGUCUGGCACCGGGCGGCAAACUUAUCGUUCAAAUCGGAGAUUCGUUGACCACCUCGAAGGUUACUUUGUUGGGGCGACUCCUGCACGAUAUGAUUCAUGCUUACCUGUGGCGGUAUGCUCAUCGGUCCUUCACCGACGACAAGCUCUUCGAGAACGGAUGGGGCUUCUCGGGUCAUGGAAAAGCGUGGCAAGACAUGGCUCUUGUGGUUGAGGACUUUACGAAGCAAUACCUCCUACCUCUGGAUCUUGGUCGAAAUGAGGCUUUACUCAUGGAGCUUGAACAAUUUGCAGAGGGGUUGAACGCACUCAAGGCAAGCCCUGCUGGCGUCAACAAACUUGAGAAUGAAAUUGCAAAGGAACAGCUAGAGUCGGAGGUUCUCGGAGCUUCGGGGAAGGCCGUUUCAAAAAGUAAAAUGCCGACUACGGAAGAGCGAUCACGAAACAUGCGUCGAAGUUCACCAAUGCGAAGAAGAACGAACAGACUCACGAAGCAAAUACCAGCGCAUAUCGAGAAGGCGAGGGCUCAAAAACUUUCUCAGCAAACGCUCCCGUUGUCAGGCCAUGACCUUGAAGUUCGAGAAAUCUUGAAACAAACUGCAGAUGAUUGCAUUGGAGUUCUGAAGGCAUUGAAAGUUGAAGCUGUAUAA